GACGGGGGCGACGUUGCCGGAGUUCUAGUUUCAGCCCGGGGGUUUCAGUUUCAGGCGGCCGGAGAACCACAGCGCCAUCUAGACUUAUAAAACUUCCGACCCGUCUUUCUCUUUGCUCCACUUCUGGUCAAAUCUUACUAGAAGGCAAGUUAGCAGUACUACAUACACAAUGGCUGAUCUUAGUGCCAGAGACGUCGAAAGGGCCAACUUCGUCUUUUCCAUCUACGACUUCGAAGGAAAUGGCACAGUCGACGCUGUUAACCUUGGGGACAUGCUCCGCGCCCUUAACCUCAACCCCACACUCGCCACAAUCGAGAAACUGGGUGGUACCAAAAAGAAGAACGAAAAGAAACUUAAAGUAGAUGAAUUCCUUCCUAUCUUCAGCCAAGUGAAAAAAGACAAAGAACAGGGUAACUUCGACGACUUCUUGGAAUGUUUGAAAUUGUACGACAAAGAAGAGAAUGGUAAAAUGAUGGCUGCUGAACUUGCUCACACACUUCUCUCCCUUGGCGAAAGGCUGUCAGAUCCUGAAACUGAAGAAGUCCUUGCUGACUGUAUGGACAAAGAGGAUGACGAUGGUUUCAUCCCUUACGAACCAUUCCUCAAAAAAUUGAUGGCGUAAGAAGUUAUAUUUAGUUUUUUAUUUUUAAUUACCUGAACAUAUGCUGUUAAGGACAAUUAACGGCUUUUCCAACAAACAACAUUCGAACACCAGAAGUCAACAUUGAAGAACAUCAACAUUUAAUGUUUGGGCACUACCGACAACAACCGGAACACAGUGUAUUUAUUUUAUUUUACCGUUAAUUCUGUAAAAAAUUAAAAUCUUUCGUUUAUUAUUGUAUAUUAUUGUCAUAAAUAAAUAAAAUGUAAAACACCACAAGCUAAACUUAUUGACAGAUUAUCAGAAAAUAUA